AUGCACACUCUCCCGAACGAUUCACCACCGCCGGAGGAAAAUCCGGCUCAGACCACGGCGUCCCAGGUGCCCUUGUCACCGUCGCGGACCAUCGUUAUAGGCCUCUCGGGCCCGUCGAGCAGUGGGAAGACCACACUUGCUCGAUUAUUGCGGAGUGUGUUCAACGUUGACGUUGGAGGGCGUGUCGAAGCCGAUGUCGAUGGCAAAGCCAAAGCCAAAGCGCCCGGGCGAGAAGAGAAGAUGAAAGAGGCGACGGAGGACGAGGGGUACCACAAAUUGAGUCUGUUUAUUUUACACCAGGAUGACUUUUACAAGACUGACAAAGAUGUCCCCUGGGUAACUAUAUCCUCAUCCAAAUACGGCACACGUACAGAUCAAGACUGGGACUGCGUCGGGUCUCUUGACCUUCCUCUCUUCCGACGCACCUUGACCCAUAUCCGCGACCAUGGCACCUUACCUCCCGACAACGUCAGUAUGGAGGACCAGAACUCGGUGGGCGACGUGCACGUUACGCCUGACGAAGUCGAAGCUGUCAAGCGACGAGUAAAGGAUUGGUUUGAACGGGUAAUCAGGGAUUCGCCGAAAUCGUCUAAAACUCGGACUCUGACGCGGACGAACGGCGCUGCCACUGCGACUACCACCGCUGCGCAUGAGGAGGUCCCGAGAGAGAUCCGAAUUUGCAUCCUUGAAGGAUUCUUGUUGUUCCCCCCUUCACCUUCUGACUCUUCGGCAAGUUUCAAGACCGCGGCACAGGGUCUAGCGGGCGAUGAGACGACGGAUCUGCUUGAAUUGCACGAUCUGACGCAGAGCCUGUUGGACGUGAAAUUGUUCUUACCGUGUACGAAAGCCCAGAUGAUCGAGAGGAGGGAGAGGAGGACAGGGUACGUCACGCUCGAAGGAUUCUGGAAGGAUCCUCCUGGGUACGUGGAGGAUUUGGUGUGGGUUAACUACAGACGAUAUCAUGCAUGGAUGUACCGGGAUCAUGCGGACAACGGAGACGGAGAUGGAGAGGGUGAGGGUGAGGGUGAGGGUGGUCGAAAGGAAGAGGGACACCACCAGGAAAGAGACACGGAUAAAUCGGAAGCAUCGGAAGAGUUUGAUGAGGAAAAGUGUGGACGAGAGGGAGUGCAUUUGUUCCUGACGCAUGAAAAGGGCGUUGGCGAGGGGACCAUGAAGGAAUGUUUAGAUUGGGGUGUUGAGAGAGUUCAAGAGGCGUUGACAGAUUUGAUUUAG